GCCCCCAUACACGUUCCCGCAGGCUCAAGCUCUUGUUACAGACUCGACUGCGGGGGGUGGACCGAGGGGUGCAAAAAGGCGGGAACAGCUGGUCGGCAAACCAAUAGUUGUCGCCGGUGUGGCCACAGAAAGUAAACCUUACCCAUAUGAUUACACUGCUGCAUCACCAUCGUCGGCGACCUCGCUUUGAGGAGGAUUCGGCUGAGAAUUUCGUUGCCAAAAGGCUCCAGCGAACCGGCGGAGCUGGCAUGUCAGCAGACGGCAUGGCCUGGUCGCCACCGCCUUCUCAUGCCGGCAGCGGGCACGGGCCUUUCUCUACAUCGCUGCUACUGCCGCACAUGCAGCCGCUGUCUCCAGGCCCUGCGAUUCCACGGCCCCAGGAGGCUCCUCAGUCACAGCCGUCGCGCCAGCAGCACGGACUGUUGGCGCUGCCCAACGACGUGCUCGCUAAAAUCGCGGACACCGCCCUCCGCUGCGGCUCCGGCACCGCGCUCACGGCCGCCUGCCGCGACCUGCGUGACGCCACACAAGCGGCAUUGCACGCUAGCCCCUGCCUGCGAUUGAAGCUGGUACGUGUGCGUCUGCAUGCCAUGUACGGCGCGUACGGCAGCGACUGCGUCACCGCUGACGGCAUCUACUCGUGUAGCGGCGCCCGGAGGCUGCUGCUGCCCGACCACCUGUCGGAGAGCCAGCGGGUGGAGGUGCUGCUGGCACUGGUGGAGGAGCUGACGGUCAGCGCAGCGGAGGCGGGGGAGCAGGGGGUGGGGAGGAUGGAGGGGGUGGAGGCGGAGGAGCAGGGGGGGCCGAGAUGGAGGCAGCAUGAGCUCCAGCAAACGGCGGCUGCAGGCGGCUGUGGAGGUGAGAUGCCAGGUGUGGCGCUGGAGGGUCACAUGAGCGAGUGGGGGGCGCAUCACGCGUUCGGCGUUGGGGACGAGCGGCUGCAGGAUGAGCGGGCGUGUGGGACGUUUCGGGGGCGGCGGCACUGCUCUGCGCGAGUGCGGGAGCAGGUGCAAGAGCUGAUUGUGGCCGCGGCGAGGGCGGGUGACCUAAGGUCUGUAACAGGUUUGAUGCAGGUGGUUUGGUGCUGACUGUAGUGCUGCAAGCCAAACCCUCAGGAAAGGCGGAUGGAGAGCCGUGUGGCAGCAGGAGUUAAGAGCAGCGAGCAGGGGUCGUAUCUUGUUUUCCGGGUGAUGUCUAGCUCCAGACAAAAACGGCCGGGUGGCCGCCGUCUUUUGUCUGGGCACAUGGCGGUUUGGGGGCUUCUCCAUAGGAAUUCGGACAAAACCCGCCCUAAACCCGGGCCAACUAAGUCUCGCCCCAGGCAUUAGCCCCCGGGAGGAAUGUCUAGGAAACGGCCAAAAUGGUCGAUUAAUGUCUGGAGACAUUAAGAUAGGAGCCCUGGCAGCGAGUGAAGCAGGAGCGCCGCGUCUGUGCAACUUGACUUCCUGCAGGUGCCAGAAGCCAAAGGCACCGGGCGGUGCCUGCCCGGGCGGCGUGUGUGUAGUGUCUGUAUGUGUGUGUGGCGGGGAAAGAAGGUUGGCAAUGCGGGGCUACUGGCUACAUGUGGGCAUCGAAGUAGUAGGCAGGCGGACAGGCUGGCAUGGGUUGCCGUGUGCAAGGCCGUGUCGGGCUGGCGGCCCAAGGCGAUUCAGGCGUUCCGUAUUUCCA